AAACAUAUUUCUGGUGGCAGAUCAAGUAGUAUAUUCGUGUGGCGCGGUUUACGGAAAAAGUCAAGCCGGCUUCAGAGGACUUGAUAUGACUUUUAGAUACAUAUAUAAAACGCAAACGCACACUCUUUUUUUUUAGAAAAAUACAAAUUUCAAGUGAGCACACAAAAAAUAUGCAAUUAGAAGUGCAUUAAGUGAUUAAAACUUGCCGAGUUUGCUUUGUUUUUGUAUUGAUUUAAUUUUUCAUUAUUUUUUUGAGACACAAAAACGAUCGUCAAUGCAUACAUACACACAAUAGGCACAACUACAAGCGCUUACCUAAGAGAAAUGCAUAUAUAUUUGUUGCUGUUUUGCUGAUAAAUCAUAAAAUUAGCCACCAGUUUAGGUAUUAUAAUUAAUGUGUGUAUGUAUGUGUGCGUUUCUUUGGAGCGGAUUGCGUACAUGUGUAUGUGUCUGUGCGAGAUUGUAUUGCAUGAAUCAUCUGUGAGUGAUACAAAAACAGCAAAUUGAAAGCAGAGUAAAGAGAUAACAACAAAUAUAAAUAAAUGUAAAUAAAUAAAAACAAAAAAAAAAAAACAAAAAAAAGUGUAUUAAUAAAUCUUAAAAACCAAAAACAAAAUCCAUACGACACAAUUUCACAGCGACAAAAGCGACCAACUAUUAAAAUUUUACAAGAAAAAAGCGGAGUGUUGGCAUAAAAUGAUUGCUAAAUAUCAACGUAGUGUUGUUGUAAUAUAAAUUAAAUGGCAAAACUAGCAAAAAUACAUACGCAGAUAUGUACAUUAUGUGCUGAAGGGUGAAAUUUUCUAGCCUAAACGGAAAUACAAACAUAUGUAUAGAUGUAUGUACAUAUGUAUGUCAAAUCGUUGAAGAGUGGUUAGUGUGUCUUUCUUUCCUUCUCCACAUCAAAAAUUAACGCAAAUAUGCGAAAAAACUGGUUGUGUGUACAAUAAAAAAUAAUAAUAAAAGAAAUUAUUAUUACUGGAAAGUUGUGUAAUUAACACUUGUAUCGCCUGUGUAGGAAAAAGCGCAAACAAAAAAAAAGCAAUAAAAAUAAAAAUAAAUAAGCGGUGUAUACAAGUUGAUGGCGUUUUGAAAAGCUCAACAUGGAACAAGAGGACACCUGCCGGCCUGUUCCCGCACCGCGUCGUCUCUAUCCCGAGCUACGCAAAACAGACUAUGAAAAUGUAACUGUAGAGUUAAUAAACAAAAAUCUUAACAUCAAUUCAGAAAAUAUACACACAAUCACCAAUUGCACCGAAAAAGUGCCAAAUAAUAAAAUAUUUUUCGGUUCACACUCAGAUGCCGAGGAUGCGGGUAGUGUAGGGACACGAAAGUCCAUACUCACCGAAACAAAUGAUUUGUAUGGACCAAAUGCCAAUGAAGAAGUGCCACCAGCACCCAUUUAUGCCACACCAACACCAGCGCCGCGGCCACGUAAGCCACAAAAUACGGAUUUGGAGAAUUCCAACAGCAUCUACGAGAACACAGAAAUCCUGAGCACAACACCAAACACGGCAACACUCUAUCCGCAGCUGCCACGCAAUACCGGCGCCAUAAGCAAGGAAGCCUCACCGAACACAUCUACAUCUUCUUCGCCAUCGAACAGUCGUGCGGCGCUACGUAAAGCACCCGAACUGCCGCCGAAGACCUAUAUGAGUGUCGAGCGUGAGCGCGCCAAUCGUUUGCAACGAUAUUCCAUUGGCAGUGAAGUGUCCACGACGAGUAGUUAUAUGGUGACCAUGGACGGCUGUGGUGGUGAUGGUAGUGUACGUUACAAACAAAAAUCAGCCUCGAAUGCAACACUAAAUUCGUCGGUGGAUGAAUCGAAUGAAAGUGCUGAUAAUGCUAAAUUCAAAUCGCCUUCGCCCGGGUAUGUAAGCGACGAUGUGGAUUUUGCUUUAAAUAACGGUAGUCACAAUAUUAGUACUCAUGAUGAUGAUGAUGAUAAUGAUGAUGAUGUUGACAACGAUAAUGUUGGUGAUCAUGAUCAUGAUGAAAUUAGUAUUGAAUUCGAAAGUGAUGAUAGUAACCGCAACAGCAACAACGCCAAGGUCAACGCCAACGCCAAUACCAAUAAAUUAAACAAUAAAUUCACUUGCAUUGCCGCCAAAACGAACCAAAGCAAGGCGAACGAUAAAAGCGCAUUCACUGCAAUCACCAAUUUUCAUGAAUCUGCAAUUGCAUCCAAUCAAAUUAAAGACAACGAGCUCUUGAAAUCCAUUGGGUCCACUUCGAAACUACUCACCGAAUCCAUCGGUGAACGCGUGGCACUCAAAGCCAAGGGCGUCAAACAUAAACUGGAUAAGAAUUUCAGCAAUAUUAGCAGUGAAACAGCGAGUCGCUUGCGUAGUGUUGGCAAGAAUUUCAAUACGAACUUUACGCUCACCAAAAAGGAGAAGGAUAAAGAGAAGGAAACGGCUACGGCACAAUUUCACACUGAUCGCCCACAAACGCUGCCACCCAACGAUCACGUUUUCGGCACCAUUUCCUUCACCAGUCCGUUAAAUCGCAAAGCGGACGGUGUUGAUGAUCUCUCUGCCAGCACUGCUGAUUGUUCGUAUGAUUUGCCGCGUAAUUUGAGAGCUGCACGCAGUGAUUUGGAUCUACCCGCACCGCCAUCGUACGAAGACGCGCUCAAAGCAACGCCACAAACACCAUUCGAGCGUAACGCACCACAGAGUAAAUCUGUCAUGGUGCCCAAACAUAUAGCCGCUGAGGCGGCUAAUGUAGCAUUGAAAAAACAGCGCAGCAAUACGAGUUUGCAAAAUGUUAGGGAAGAAAUGAAUUCAGCGGACAAUACCAGUAGCUCGGUGGCAACGUCACGUGACUCGUUAGAUUUGCCCUCACCGCCAAUGCCAACAUUUCCACCACCAUCACUGCCCAAAGAAGUUGUCACUGAGUUAUCGGAUGGUUUGUAUGGUAAACUGAAGCCAAUUCAGCCACCGCAGCGUUUGAAGCGUCGGAAAAAUUAUGAAGAAAUUCAACUUAGGCGCGUGGUGGAGACACCAUCGCCGGUAGGCGGUUCAUCUUUACGUCCGAAUGUUGAUUCGGCAGAGCUGCAUCAGCUAAAUAUUGAAGCCGUAACCGCCGAGCGUGAGGAAUCCAUGCUGAUACAUAAACAGAUACUUGCAGCAGAGAAUCGCAUGCCAAAACCGGAUCGUAGUGACUCAUGGGAGUACUUUGCCGAUAGUGUGGAGGAGAGCGUCUGCUCAACGCCAGAACCGGUUUACGCUAAUGAAGAGGCCACCUAUGGACGGGUGUUUGAAAUGGCGUCGAGUUCCAGGCCCGUGCUGGUCGCACAAAAUAGUGGAGUAUUAGAAAUGGCUAACAGCAUUAAUAAUCAAGCACAGCCAAACAGAACCGCUGACUCGGCGCUGGAAGGCGCAGUUGGGGGCUGGAUAAAGCCACCAGUGGAAAUUAUUAAAGAAUUUGAUCCACUGGCCAGUCGUAAAGCUGCCACCAUCUGUAGCUCUGAUAAGAGCAAUCAGCUGUUGCUGUUGGAACAUCUGCUGGAAGAAGAUAUCUACGGCACAGUCUCAGGUGAUCAAGUAAAAUCGGAUGAUGAUGUCAGCAUGUGUACAUCGGAGGAGGAUAAUCAAACUGCACAGACCACAACAGCUGCUAUCACCUCUCCACAACCCACAGCAACAGCCGCAGCACCAGCAACAGUUGUGCUACCCACACCAAGCGCUAAGGCCACAAACGAGACCGAUGAAGCUCCUAAUAAGCUGCAAAUCGUGCACCAAAACGCUCAAUUACUAUCGGAGAGCAUGGAAAAUAUGUUGGAUGAGCAAGAGGCACGUGUGCGUCCUUACCUAAGCCGCUUGGACGAACAGCCAGCCAGUAGUGGCAAUGUAGAUUUAGCGCGCGCUACCGAAAAUCGCACACAAUGGUUCGUGCGCGACAAUAACAAUAAGGAAAAUAAUGAACAAACCCGUCGAAACCCUUUCAAUAAGCUAAAUAUCGAAGGCGAUGGUCCACCAUCCUACCUUGAAGCUAUUGGCGCUGACGGCCGUCCACCACUAACGCCCACCGAACAAAAGUCGCGCGCAUCACGUUUCAUGAACACCAUGAAUGUCUUCUCGACGAGUGUGAAGCAACGUGUGGGUGCCAUAACACGUAAGAGCAGUUUCAAAGCCGCCACCAAAUCGGAUGUGAAAGUAACACUUCAAAUGGUGCCACGUCCCACGCUCUCACCGCUACUCGUACGCUAUGAAGGUCCACUGAUACGUUUUCCAUCGGGCGUGGUGGAGGAUAUACUCAAAGAGAUGCAAAAUCGUAAGGCGAUUCUGCGUGAUCGCCAAUUUCAAACAUUCCUCGAUCAGGAGAUGAAGACUCCGAAGGAGACUAUACCACUCGACUACAUAACUACAUUGCAGUGUGUGAGUAAUAGUCGUGUGACUGAUAAUUCAACACAUUUCUAUUGCUUUGAGAUCACAACGUCGGUGCCGAAGAAUCAGUCGAGUUCGGGUAAUGUGCAGGCUAUGUCCAAUCCGAACCUUGUGAUGACGAGUACUUCUUCGGGUAAUUGUAAGCAUCAGCGUGUCGCACAUAUGUACGGUGUUAGCAAAGAGUCGGAACGUGGCAUUUGGAUGCAAAAGCUCUUGGAGAGUCUGACCAAUACGAUACCACCAAAAUAUCUCUGUCAUUACUAUCGCGCCGGUUGGUGUUAUCUGAAGAACUCUAUCACCUCCGAGUGGAGCGGCACUUGGCUAGUGCUGAAGAAGAAUCAAAGACGUCUGAUAUUUGUGAGCGAAGCAGCUGGUAAUCUGGAGAAAAUGGAUCUACGCAAAGCGCGUUGCAUAGUGCUCAAAGAUAGCGAUGAGACCAUACGCAAUCUACACGUCGAAUCCGGUCCGACACUCAUGAUAGACUGUCCACCCUUCACCGUUUAUAUGAUUAUGUCCUCGCCGCGUGAAACAAAAAUUUGGCGCCAUAUCAUACGGGAGGUGGCGCACAAUAACGGUUUCUCGCUGAUUGAUCAACAAUUGACCAAGUUCAAUGUGCCCGUCAUUGUGGAUAAAUGCAUAAAUUUCGUCUACAUACACGGCUCCAUGUCGGAGGGCAUCUAUCGUAAAUCAGGCUCUGAAAAUUCCAUACUAAAAUUACUCGCCGCCUUUCGUGCCGACGCCUUCAACGUGGAGAUCACGCGCAAUGAGUAUAACGAACACGAUGUCGCUAAUGUUUUGAAACGAUUCAUGCGUGAUCUACCGGAACGUUUAAUGGGUAAACUUUCCGAAAGCUUUAUGUGCGUUACUGAGCUUACCAAGUCGGCGGAGAAGAUACAGGCUUACAAAGAGCUGCUGGCGCGUUUGAGUGUCAUCGAGCGUGAGACGUUGAAGAAGAUUGUUGGGCAUCUGGCGUUCAUAAGCUCACAGAAGUCGAAAAAUAAAAUGAGCACAAAAAAUCUGACCAUGAUUUGGGGUCCAACGCUGUUACAGAAUCAUCAUCAGCAAGAAGAAAUGGUUUACUCACAAAAGGAGGCUGAUGUCUUAACCGAUUUGAUAAUACUCUACAAGCAUCUGUUUCCACUGUCGCCGGAGGAAAUUAAAAAAGAACAAGAAAUGCUUAUGUGUCUACAAAAAUAUUACGCCGCCGCGGAAACACUGACCGACUCGGUCAAGAAGUCGGGUGACUUAAAGAUGUGGGUCGUUCUAAACGCCAAGCCGGAAAAUACAAAAGAGGAAAAACAACAAAUAAAUGUCACAAUCACACCCACCCGCACUGCAUACGAUAUUUGCCGCGAAUUAGCGCCGAAAAUGCAAAUGUCUACACAUCAAGUCUCAUUACACGAAGUCAUACUAAAUGAUUGCCUCGAGCGGCCGCUGCAUCACGAGACAAAGGUAUUCGAUGUUGUGCUCAACUGGUCCUAUUGGCCCGAGGAUGAUCGUAAGAACAAUUAUCUGGUAGUGAAACCGAUCGAUACGUUGCGCGAAGUUCAGCGUGCCGUUAAAAACCUGGCCACAGUUACGCCUGGCAAAGAGUUGAAAUUCGCCGAUAAUCGUACAAAGAGCUAUAAAUCAUUUCUCUGUGAGUUGAGAGAUGGUAAAAUCGUGAUAUCGAAAAAAGACAAAAAUGAGAAGACAACAAUUGUGCGUGAAAUAUUCCUACACAGCACGACGGCGUAUUUGGGUUGUGAGAAAAAGCGGGAUUUCCCGUGGAGUUGGGCGAUCACCUUUGUGGAGCGUACACAAACGCAGAUAUUGAGAUCACGCGAUUCACCAUUUAUUGGUCACGUGUUGGCAGGCAGCGAAUGGGUUGAUCGUACGAUAUGGUAUGCCAGCAUUUGGUACAGCCUGUAUGGUGAAAACAUAUUACCGCCAGCGGAAAUUAUCAUAAAGUAA